GAUUUUCCGGGGGAAACAGAGGCACCAGGACGAGGCAAUGAAGACAAGGAUGGGUCCAGGCCUCCUGCUGCUGAUUUUCCUCUUGCCGGCCUGCCUGGCUGCGGCCGGGAGAGAGACGCCGUACGAGAAGUUCCAACGGCAGCAUGUUGACACCUCCGGGAGCUGGGAGCCCGACCCCAACCGCUACUGCAAUCUCAUGAUGCCACGGAGGAACAUGACAGUGUUCAACUGCAAAGAUCUCAACAGCUUCGUCCAUGGGGCGCUGGCGAUGAUAACCGCUGUCUGCGGCUCAGGGGGAACACAGCAUCACGGGAACUUUUACUACAGCAACUCUCCCUUCCAGGUCACGGACUGCCAGACAACGGGAGCGUCCCGCUGGCCCCGCUGCGUUUACAGGGGAGAUGUCCGCAGUAAGAGAAUUUGUGUCGCCUGCAAAAAUGGGCAGCCUGUGCACUACGCCCGGCCGUCAGUGUGCGGCGGCCCGUGA